CCACAUAUGAACAAAGUGGCAACAAGACAACCUCCUCAGAGUACUGUUUCACUUCUCGAUAAUAACAAUAAUGGAAGAUAUCAAAGGAAAGGUUGUGAGUCAUCUUCAAGCAGCGAAACAAAAAUCCGGAAAAUCAUUCACCGAAAUAGCACAAGAAACUGGUCUGACGAACGUCUAUGUUGCUCAGCUCUUCAAAAGACAAGCCCAAUUGAAGCCUGAAACUGCAUCCAAACUGCGGGCAGUGCUGCCGGAGCUACCCGAUGAAGUGGUUGAAGAGAUGAUGAAACCACCUAUGAGAAGUUACAAUCCUAAUCUCAUACAAGAACCUACUAUUUAUAGGUUGAAUGAAGCUGUGAUGCAUUUUGGGGGAAGUAUCAAGGAAAUCAUCAAUGAGGAAUUUGGGGAUGGGAUUAUGUCUGCUAUAGAUUUCUAUUGUUCUGUUGACAAAGUUAAGGGUGCUGACGGGAAGGACCGUGUUGUUGUUACACUUGAUGGCAAGUAUUUGCCAUACACUGAACAGAAAUCCGAGAAUAUGGCCUCAAGGAGCUAAAUAGAAGCAGUUCUUGAUGUCUUGUGAGAAAUGAAUUCCCUGCAGCAAUAAGCCAAAGAGUAAUAGCUAGAAAAAUAUGAUGGCCUUUUCAUUUCUUUUGUUUUACUUUUCCCAUCCUCAGAAGGUCAAGUAUGAUAUAGCUUAUGUUGUACUAGUACCAUUUUAAAAGAACUAGUUAAAUUUGUUAUGCUCAAGUUUCACUUCAUCUUAAUAUUUGAUCUUGUUGUUGGACAAAGUCAAUAAUAAACCUCUUUAAUCA